AUGGCAAGGCCAGGGCAAGGUCAGGGCAAGGUCAGGGCAAGGCCAGGGCAAGGCCAGGGCAAGGCCAGGGCAAGGCCAGGGCAAGGCCAGGGCAAGGCCAGGGCAAGGCCAGGGCAAGGCCAGGGCAAGGCCAGGGCAAGGCCAGGGCAAGGCCAGGGCAAGGCCAGGGCAAGGCCAGGGCAAGGCCAGGGCAAGGCCAGGGCAAGGCCAGGGCAAGGCCAGGGCAAGGCCAGGGCAAGGCCAGGGCAAGGCCAGGGCAAGGCCAGGGCAAGGCCAGGGCAAGGCCAGGGCAAGGCCAGGGCAAGGCCAGGGCAAGGCCAGGGCAAGGCCAGGGCAAGGCCAGGGCAAGGCCAGGGCAAGGCCAGGGCAAGGCCAGGGCAAGGCCAGGGCAAGGCCAGGGCAAGGCCAGGGCAAGGCCAGGGCAAGGCCAGGGCAAGGCCAGGGCAAGGCCAGGGCAAGGCCAGGGCAAGGCCAGGGCAAGGCCAGGGCAAGGCCAGGGCAAGGCCAGGGCAAGGCCAGGGCAAGGCCAGGGCAAGGCCAGGGCAAGGCCAGGGCAAGGCCAGGGCAAGGCCAGGGCAAGGCCAGGGCAAGGCCAGGGCAAGGCCAGGGCAAGGCCAGGGCAAGGCCAGGGCAAGGCCAGGGCAAGGCCAGGGCAAGGCCAGGGCAAGGCCAGGGCAAGGCCAGGGCAAGGCCAGGGCAAGGCCAGGGCAAGGCCAGGGCAAGGCCAGGGCAAGGCCAGGGCAAGGCCAGGGCAAGGCCAGGGCAAGGCCAGGGCAAGGCCAGGGCAAGGCCAGGGCAAGGCCAGGGCAAGGCCAGGGCAAGGCCAGGGCAAGGCCAGGGCAAGGCCAGGGCAAGGCCAGGGCAAGGCCAGGGCAAGGCCAGGGCAAGGCCAGGGCAAGGCCAGGGCAAGGCCAGGGCAAGGCCAGGGCAAGGCCAGGGCAAGGCCAGGGCAAGGCCAGGGCAAGGCCAGGGCAAGGCCAGGGCAAGGCCAGGGCAAGGCCAGGGCAAGGCCAGGGCAAGGCCAGGGCAAGGCCAGGGCAAGGCCAGGGCAAGGCCAGGGCAAGGCCAGGGCAAGGCCAGGGCAAGGCCAGGGCAAGGCCAGGGCAAGGCCAGGGCAAGGCCAGGGCAAGGCCAGGGCAAGGCCAGGGCAAGGCCAGGGCAAGGCCAGGGCAAGGCCAGGGCAAGGCCAGGGCAAGGCCAGGGCAAGGCCAGGGCAAGGCCAGGGCAAGGCCAGGGCAAGGCCAGGGCAAGGCCAGGGCAAGGCCAGGGCAAGGCCAGGGCAAGGCCAGGGCAAGGCCAGGGCAAGGCCAGGGCAAGGCCAGGGCAAGGCCAGGGCAAGGCCAGGGCAAGGCCAGGGCAAGGCCAGGGCAAGGCCAGGGCAAGGCCAGGGCAAGGCCAGGGCAAGGCCAGGGCAAGGCCAGGGCAAGGCCAGGGCAAGGCCAGGGCAAGGCCAGGGCAAGGCCAGGGCAAGGCCAGGGCAAGGCCAGGGCAAGGCCAGGGCAAGGCCAGGGCAAGGCCAGGGCAAGGCCAGGGCAAGGCCAGGGCAAGGCCAGGGCAAGGCCAGGGCAAGGCCAGGGCAAGGCCAGGGCAAGGCCAGGGCAAGGCCAGGGCAAGGCCAGGGCAAGGCCAGGGCAAGGCCAGGGCAAGGCCAGGGCAAGGCCAGGGCAAGGCCAGGGCAAGGCCAGGGCAAGGCCAGGGCAAGGCCAGGGCAAGGCCAGGGCAAGGCCAGGGCAAGGCCAGGGCAAGGCCAGGGCAAGGCCAGGGCAAGGCCAGGGCAAGGCCAGGGCAAGGCCAGGGCAAGGCCAGGGCAAGGCCAGGGCAAGGCCAGGGCAAGGCCAGGGCAAGGCCAGGGCAAGGCCAGGGCAAGGCCAGGGCAAGGCCAGGGCAAGGCCAGGGCAAGGCCAGGGCAAGGCCAGGGCAAGGCCAGGGCAAGGCCAGGGCAAGGCCAGGGCAAGGCCAGGGCAAGGCCAGGGCAAGGCCAGGGCAAGGCCAGGGCAAGGCCAGGGCAAGGCCAGGGCAAGGCCAGGGCAAGGCCAGGGCAAGGCCAGGGCAAGGCCAGGGCAAGGCCAGGGCAAGGCCAGGGCAAGGCCAGGGCAAGGCCAGGGCAAGGCCAGGGCAAGGCCAGGGCAAGGCCAGGGCAAGGCCAGGGCAAGGCCAGGGCAAGGCCAGGGCAAGGCCAGGGCAAGGCCAGGGCAAGGCCAGGGCAAGGCCAGGGCAAGGCCAGGGCAAGGCCAGGGCAAGGCCAGGGCAAGGCCAGGGCAAGGCCAGGGCAAGGCCAGGGCAAGGCCAGGGCAAGGCCAGGGCAAGGCCAGGGCAAGGCCAGGGCAAGGCCAGGGCAAGGCCAGGGCAAGGCCAGGGCAAGGCCAGGGCAAGGCCAGGGCAAGGCCAGGGCAAGGCCAGGGCAAGGCCAGGGCAAGGCCAGGGCAAGGCCAGGGCAAGGCCAGGGCAAGGCCAGGGCAAGGCCAGGGCAAGGCCAGGGCAAGGCCAGGGCAAGGCCAGGGCAAAGCCAGGGCAAGGCCAGGGCAAGGCCAGGGCAAGGCCAGGGCAAGGCCAGGGCAAGGCAAGGCAAGGCGUAAGGUAGGGUAG